AGUUGAGCUGCGCUUUCGCCGCACGGCACCGUGGCCGUGCUAAUUGUUUAACUCAUAACUCGUGAUUAUUUUCUAAUGCUUGAAAUACCCCAAGUAUGUGAGUGAAUUGUAGGUUAAAACCUUAUUCCAAGAAAAUUUGUUGCACGGUAUUGAGCUCAUUAUCAUCAACCUGUCAUUGUCCAUGGGGGCGUCAAAUUGCCCCGGUGCUGUUCACGGGCGCCUGCGGUGACUGCGGUAGCUGUGGUAGAUCGCAGGCUCUCACUACUCACUAGUCAGACAGCAGCAGUGUCAACAUGUCCAACCAGGAGGACCCCGAGAAGGCUCUGGAGACGAUGGAUGAGGACAGCGGCGAGGCCGGGAACGUGACUGCCCAGCUGAUGCGGAACCCGCAGGUGCUGGCCGCGCUGCAGGGCCGGCUGGACGGCAUGGUCGGCUCCCCGUCCGGCUACAUUGAGAGCCUGCCAAAGGUGGUAAAGAGGCGCAUCAAAGCCCUGAAGAAUCUCCAGCUGAAGGCCACAAAUAUUGAGGCCGCAUUCUACGAGGAGGUGCACGCGCUAGAGUGCAAAUACCACAAACUCUACGUGCCUCUCUAUGAACAGCGUAACACCAUCAUCGGCGGCGACUACGAGCCGACCGACGCAGAGUGUGAGUUCACGCUGGAUGACGAGAUCAGUCAGGAGAUGGAGGAUAAGGCCAAGAUCGGCGACGGAGACGCCAAGCUGCACGACAUGGACGAAAACACAAAGGGCAUCCCCGAGUUCUGGCUGACGGUAUGUAAGAACGUCGACCUGCUCUCGGAGAUGAUCCAGGAACACGACGAGCCCAUCCUCAAACACCUGCGAGACAUCAAAGUCAACUUCGCAGAGAGCCCCAUGGGCUUCACGUUAGAGUUCCACUUUUCGCCAAACGAGCACUUCACAAACACCGUCCUCACCAAGGAGUAUUUCAUGAAGUGCAAGCCGGACGAGCGGGAACCGUUCACAUUCGAGGGACCAGAGAUCUACAAAUGCAAGGGCUGCACAAUAGACUGGCAGAAGGGCAAGAACAUCACACUGAAGACCAUCAAGAAGAAACAGAAGCACAAGUCACGCGGCAGCACGCGCACAAUCACCAAGACCGUGCAGAACGACUCCUUCUUCAACUUCUUCAGUCCGCCCGCCGUGCCCGACGACCCGGACGCAGACGUGGACGAGGAAGUUCAGGCCCAGCUGACAGCCGACUUCGAGAUCGGCCACUACAUCCGGGAGCGGAUCGUGCCGCGGGCCGUCCUCUACUUCACCGGCGAGGCGUUGGAGGAGGACGACUACGACGACGAGGAGGAAGAGGAAGAGGACGGAGAGGAGGGCAGUGACGACGACAUGGACGACGAGGAGGACCCCGACUUCGACCCCAAGAAGGUCAAAGGACCCAAGGGCAAGGGCGGCGACCCACAGGAGUGCAAACAGCAAUAGUCUGCACCGCCCGCCGCCCGCCCGCCUGUUCUCAGAGACAUUCUCUCGUCGGCUGCUGCAGCCGCCGCUGUGACGCCGUCGCCCAGCGCGGCAUGUUGAUGUACUUUCUGCGAUAGCUGCCACGCACGCUAGUGUCGGCCGAUAAUAAUAAACUCUGUUCCGUG